UUGGUGGAUGCAGCACCAUGUGACACACCAGGAAGUGUUCCCUGCACGCAGCAGUGUGGGCAGGAGGUUUUCCCAAACUGUUCUUUCCUACCAGCGUUCCUUGGUCUGGCGGAGCGGCUGGGAGCCGGUGACAGUGAGUCUAUGUCGGUGUGAGCCUGGGCUCCCUGAUCCCUGCGUGAUAUGUCCGGUUACCGGCUGAAGGCCACGGAUGGGAGUGGGAUCUACACCCUUCCCAAGGGAGAGACUGUGAUAGGAAGAGGACCCUUCCUGGCUAUUGCAGAUAAAAGGGUAUCCAGGAGCCAUGCUGUACUGGAAGUUUUGGAUGAUAAGCUCCGCAUUAAACCGGUACACGUGAACCCUUGUUUUUAUCAAGCCAGCAACAAAAGCGAAUUUGUACCUUUGGAGAGGAAUGAAUGGAGCCGCCUGCACCCUGGUGACAGCUUUUCCCUUUUGCCGGACAAAUAUUCUUUCCAGGUCAUCAUAGAGGAUCUUUCAAAAGAGGAAACCGCAAGAAACAGUAAUGCACUUGAUGAAGAUUGUGCAUUAAAUAACAAGUCUCCCUGCUCCCCAAUUGCCUCGGGCUCAAAGGUUGCAUCAGAGAAACCUUCCUCUCCUGUCAGAGAUCGGCCUAAGCCAACUGUAUCAUCGCCAUCUGCAAGCUGUAGCACGGAGAAGAUCCAUGAGUGUAUAGAAGAUUUGUCUUCUGCUGUCGGCAGUAAAGAUGAUGAAGAAAAACAGAGAUCUGCGCAGAGGAAACGCGUUCUCCCCACCUGGAUGCUGCAGGGGGAUCUCCCAAUUCAGAUUCUUCCAUCAGCUGUUAUUAAAGCAGGGAAAAAGAAGAGAAAAAUAACGGAGAGAAACGUGAAUGCAGCCAAGACCAUACAGAGCCUGGUGGAGGAGAAAGAAAUGGCCUCUGGAAAACUGGAGGAUGAGGAAAAUAGUAUGAAGAACAAUACCUGUGGUGUGGGAUCAGAGGUCUCCCCUGGAACAUCAGCUAGCAGUUUACCUGGAAGAAGUGGCUUGGGAAUCUCCCAUAAGCUUAGUGUGAUAGACAAAGAGGAGGAAGACCUGGAAGCAGACAUAUGUGACACCACUCCUGACUUAUCACCAGCAGUUCACACUAGUGGUACGACCAGUCCAUCUGCUAAGCAGCACCAGCCUUCCAACUCCAAAGCAGCUGGUAAUGAUGACCUCAGUUUAAGUCCAGGAUCGCCUCCGAUCACUCAACAGACGCCAAAGACGAGAACCCCCUGUAUAUAUGGAGAAAAGUGCUAUCGAAAAAACCCAGUUCACUUCCAAGAAUUUAGUCACCCAGGCGACAGUGAUUACGUGGAGAAUGGAAGUCAGGAUGACAGUGAUGAUCGGCCGGAGUGUCCUUAUGGGACAUCAUGUUACAGGAAAAAUCCACAGCACAAGCUGGAAUACAAGCACACAAGACCACCAGCAAGAAGCGCUUUGGACGAUGACAGUGACAAUGACGGUAACCCUAACGACUAUGACCUGGAAGACAGCUUCAUUGACGAUGACGAGGAUUUUGACAACACUGAUGAAGAUUCAGACUGGAAGCCAGACUCUCAGGAAAAAGACAGUGAAGAUGUGAAACUGCUCUUAAAAGAAGCAAAAAGAUUUGUAAAAAGAAAACGCUGAUUAACAAUUUUAGUCCUGUUUUAAUGUUUGUAAAUGUAUUUAAAAAAAGCAAAAACAAAUAUGAUGCUCUGUAAUUUUGCAAUUUGCUAUGUGAUUGUCAUUUUCAAGUUUACAAAAUAUAGCAUGACAUCAAUAGUAUAUUUGUUUAUAUUAAUAUGAUAUAUUUUCUACUUUACUGCUUAAUAAUAAAAAGAUAAUGUUUUGAAUUUUAUUAAAUCAAAUAACUAUGGCAAGGUUUAUAUUUAGGGCAGUUCAGGGGGGCCUACGCCCCAAUGCUCACCCCACAACUGACACUAUAUAAAUGUAUAAAGGUCUUACUUGUAAUUAUGCCUUAUUCAAUGUGCAGUCAAAUGCUAGUUCCCUACUUUAAAACAUUUAGAAGCAGGUGGGGAGGAUUGCCAAUCCAGACUAAAGGAGUCUCAACCUUCAAGUGUACACACAGAUGUGUCCACGUACAUCUUUGCUAUAUCCCGCCAUGUAUAUCAGAGCUUUGCAUGCAAUAGACUCAGAGAUUUAGCCAUGCUUUGUGAUUUUUCUUAGUUUGCUUCUUUAAUAUUUUUCUUUAUACAUAUACAUAUCCCUAUUAUGGCAAACAAAUUUUUUUAAAUCCAUCCACUCGCUACUCGUGAAAAGCAGCUUAGCCGUGUUUUGCAUGUUGUGCCAAAUUGAGUAAAAAAACAGAGAUGUAAGUGGACACAUCUGUAUAUACACAUACUGUAAUGUUGGAUAUAUAGGGGGGGGGGGGCCUAGACUGCACACCCUAGCUGUAAUGAGAGGGGCUAUCUCGCUGAGACUUAUAGUAUUACACAGGAAAAAAGAUGCAGGUGCACUAUGCUAAUAUCGCUAUUCAUAAUUAGUAUUGGACUCCACAUUGAAUAUGACAUAAUUAGAAGUAAGACUUACCCGAUGAGGUGACCUGGACGUUGAUGGGUAAGCCCAUAACUUUGGCCAAAUGUAUGCAAAGAACUUCUUGAUACUUAAUUGUAAUAUAUAUUUCAAUUUUGAAUAGUAAUGCUUGCAUAGUGCGUCUUUUUUUAAGAUGAAAUAUGGAACAGAUCCUGAAUAGCAAAAUGUAUACUCAGCAAAUUAUAUUUAAUCACAUACUGUGCAGUGAACUUUUAAAAAUGUUUUAUUAGCUGUGAUCCCCUUCCCCUGUUACCAUAACAGGUCUGUGUCUAUGCUGGUUUUUUGAGACUUUCACUACACUCCGUUUUACUAGUGAAUUCUUAAAAAUAAAAUGUAUUUUUGCCAAAGCAUCACCAAAAACAUAAUGUAUUUAAUCAACAGAUUAUAAAUUUAUAAAUAGAUUUAUACUAAACAUCAAUAUAAAUUAUUAGGUAUUUGGCACAAUACUUCUUUUCUGUAGCUUCUCAUGGAGAUUGGUCGUUCUGCUAUAUAUAUUUAAUGUAUCUUAUUUCAUGGUUUAUAAAAAAUACACAGCAUACUGUACAUCUCAAGUAUAAAGUAUGAACAAAAUUGCCUUGAUGUAUACAUUACCUUUUUAUAAAACAAAAGGAUAUAAAGUCCACCAUGGUUUU